GCACGUUUCUUCUUCAAAACUCAACUGGAGAGCCAAACGUUUCUUUCGUUUGGUUACAAAAUAAAAAAAAAAUAUGCCUUUGCCAACUCCGCGGGAGAAGCAAACUCCCUGAGUUUGCCUUUGCUAAUUUGUCCAAGUCGUGCUGUGGUUUCAGUAAGACACCGCUCAGCUCCGGUCCCACAAACCUCCCCGGUCUCGGGCUUCUCCGCCCUCCGGUGAAAGCAGCGGCUCGCCCGCGCGGUCGCCACCUGUUGGGGCGGAACUCGCGGAGCCCGCACCUACGCCCGGGGCUCUUUUCCUGCCCGGCGAGCCCUUUCCUGCUGAGCACCCUGCUUUUCCUCUCCCAGGCCGGGCUUGCGACUUUUCUCCUAGCCUGGAGGCUCCUCCAGAGAGGCCGCCUUCCCGCGGAGCCCUGAGUUGCCUGCCCCGGCGGGCCCCCGGGAGGAGCCGACCGCGCUCGCCCCGCGCCCAGGGCUGCUAGGGCGGCGAGCCGGGCGCACGCGCGCCCCUCACCCCGCCCCCCCCACGUCCCCGCGGGCGGCGCGGCUCCCCCCGCAGCGCCUCCCGUCGUGGGGAGGGAGCAGCCGUAGGGGGCUCCAGGCGCGGCGCCGCAGACCUGCUCCGGCUGCGCGUCUCGCCGCUGCCCUCAGGGAGUGGCGGCAGUAGCCGGGGCGGCGGCAGCGGCGAGGGGACUCGCAGCUCCUCCGGGGAGCCGAGGCGGCGGGCGCGCCUCCCCUCUGCGCCCACCACUCCAACCUGAUCCCGCGCACAGCAGCGCUGCCCGGCGGGACUCGCUGCCCAGACAUGGAUUUUCUCCUGGCUCUGGUGCUGGUGUCCUCGCUCUACCUGCAGGCGGCCGCCGAGUUCGACGGGAGGUGGCCCAGGCAAAUAGUGUCAUCGAUUGGCCUGUGUCGUUAUGGUGGGAGGAUUGACUGCUGCUGGGGCUGGGCUCUCCAGUCCUGGGGACAGUGUCAGCCUUUCUACGUCUUAAGGCAGAGAAUAGCCAGGAUAAGGUGCCAGCUCAAAGCUGUAUGCCAGCCACGGUGCAAACACGGUGAAUGUAUUGGACCAAAUAAGUGCAAAUGUCACCCUGGAUAUGCUGGAAAAACCUGCAAUCAAGACGAACGCUUCUACCCAACUCCUCUUCACCAAGGCAGUGAACAGUCUCUUUUCCAACCCCUGGAUCAUCAAGCCACCGGUUUGCCUUCAAGGGAUCUGAAUGAGUGUGGCCUGAAGCCUCGGCCCUGUAAGCACAGGUGCAUGAACACUUAUGGCAGCUACAAGUGCUACUGUCUCAACGGAUAUAUGCUCAUGCCGGAUGGGUCCUGCUCAAAUGUUGAUGAAUGUGCUACUGGAAGAGCCUCUUGCCCUAGAUUUAGGCAGUGUGUCAACACCUUCGGGAGUUACAUCUGCAAGUGUCAUAAAGGCUUCGACCUCAUGUACAUUGGCGGCAAAUACCAAUGUCAUGACAUAGACGAAUGCUCCCUUGGUCAGUAUCGGUGCAGCAGCUUUGCUCGAUGUUACAACGUACACGGGUCCUACAAGUGUAAAUGUAAAGAUGGAUACCAGGGUGAUGGACUGAGAUGCCUGUAUAUUCCAAAAGUUAUGAUUGAACCUUCAGGUCCAAUUCAUGUACUAAGGGGAAAUGGUACCAUUUUAAAGGGUGAUGGAGGACAUACAAAUUGGAUUCCUGACUUUGGAAGUACUAGAUGGCCACUGAAGACACCAUAUAUUCCUCCUGUGAUUACUAGCAGACCCACUUCUAUGCUGACAGCAAGACCCACACCAAAGCCAACACCAUGGCCCACUCCACCGCCACCGCCACCUCCUCCAACAGAGCUCAGAACCCCUCCACCAACAGCAACCCCAGAAAGGCCAACCACCAGACCGACAACUGUAGCACCAGCUGCCAGUACAUCUCCAAGAGGGAUUACAGUUGACAACAGGAUACAGACAGAUCCUCAGAAACCCAGAGGAGAUGUGUUCAUUCCUCGGCAGCCUUCAAAUGAUUUGUUUGAAAUAUUUGAAAUAGAAAGAGGAGUCAGUGCCGAUGAUGAAGCAAAGGACGAUCCAGGUGUUCUGGUACACAGUUGUAAUUUUGACAAUGGACUUUGUGGAUGGAUCAGGGAAAAAGAAAAUGACUUACACUGGGAACCAGUCAGGGACCCAGCAGGUGGACAGUAUCUGACAGUAUCGGCAGCCAAAGCCCCAGGGGGAAAAGCCGCUCGCUUGGUGCUACCUCUCGGCCACCUCAUGCAUUCAGGGGACCUGUGCCUGUCAUUCAGGCACAAGGUGACUGGGCUGCACUCCGGCACACUCCAGGUGUUUGUGAGAAAACACGGUGCCCAUGGAGCAGCCCUGUGGGGAAGAAACGGUGGCCAUGGCUGGAGGCAGACCCAGAUCACCUUGCGAGGGGCUGACGUCAAGAGCGUCAUCUUCAAAGGUGAACAAAGGCGUGGUCACACUGGGGAGAUUGGAUUGGAUGAUGUGAGCUUGAGAAAAGGCCACUGCUCUGAAGAACGCUAACAACUCCAGAACUAGCAGUGAACUCCUAUGUUGCUCCCUCUUCUUUUUCCAAUCCUCAUCUUCUCUCCUCUUCUCCCUCUUAUCAGGCCUAGGAGAAGGGUGGGUCAGUGGUCAGGAGGAAGUCUGGUUGGUGACCCCGGUCUUGCUGGCCUGCUUUUGUGCAAUCCCAGUGAACAGUGACACCUCCUUGGAACACGGGGGCAUCUGCAGAGACAUCCAGGCCGUCGCUGGAUGUGGCCUUCCGUCCUGUGUCUCUUUGGAAGGCUGUUAGCAUUUGUGUCCCAGGCCAUCCUUUACCCUGGUUACAAGGUGUUCCUUGUAGCAAGUAUGGGAGCAAAUCAAAUUCUGGGAGAAGUUUUCAAAAGAAAUCUGUGCAAAUGGCCAUUCUGUUAUCUGUUCGGAGUUUUGUACUACGAGUAGUGUUGACUUCCCUGAAGAUACAGUGUACAAUGUGCUUGUGAAAUUGGUGUAUCCUCUUCACAGAAGUUAGUUCUGGCCUGACCUGGACUCUUUUACUGCCAUUCACUUUAUAAAAUAAGGGUGUGUACCAUAUCAAGAUGCAUUUAUUGUUAUCUGUAUUUAUCUUUUAAAGACAAUUAUGUAGCCUGGGCACGUAAUCCCUCCUUAGUGCUGUUGUGUUUCGUGUAAAUGUGCUAGUGAUAUAAUACUAAGUAUCUACGUGUUCCUAAUAUUUACAGACUCUAGUUGCAAGGUAAAGGGCAACUUGUGAUCUCUUGAGUUAAAGAAUACAUGGUGAAAUGUCAUCUAGUUCCAUGAUCUUACAUUGGCAGCAAGAGAAAAUGGGCAGAGAUGUCAGGUUGUGGUAAUGGAGCGACCGACUUUUUUUUUUUUUUUUAAUAGUUUUGAGUUUGAUCCCUGUGAAGGAUAGUAAACCAUUGUGGGAGAUAAGAAACUGUAGUUAAUAUAUAAAACUUUCACUGUUUCAAGUUACACUUGUAAGCCAGCAGCUUUUA